UCUUGUGAAGACGACUUUUCUGUCCAGAAUUUCGGAUAUAUAUUUUGAGUAAUUCUAGCUCCUAAGUUCACCUAGACUCCGUCCUUAAUUCUAACAAGUGGUAUCAGAGCAAUAUUAAGGACAUUGAGAGGAGUCUACAGAAGUGUGAAGACCCUUCUAGACCCACCAUGGCCUGAGAAGGAUGAAAUCCUCAUGCUCUUGGUGUACGUGGAUGAUAUCCUUCUCUUUUCUGCAUCAACUGCUUUGCUGGACAGUGCAGAGCAGAUGCUGGAGAUGCAGUUCAAGUGUUCCAAGAUGGGUGAGGUGAAGUACUACUUGGGGAUGCCUGUGGAGAGAGAUGUGGAGAAGGGUGUGCUGAGGUUGCACCAGAGGAAGUACUGUGAGGGGCUGGCUGAGAAGUAUGGGCUGCAAGAUGGGGGAAAGCCAGCAACACCACUACCUUCGGGGUUCACUGUGGAGCCAUGUGCUGAUGAGGAGGUAGUGGGUGAUAGUGACAGGAAGCUGUUUCAUUCGAUGGUUGGGUCGCUGAAUAUUGCUGCAAAUCAUACACGGCCUGACAUUGCAUUUGCUACAUCACGAUUGGCUAGUGUGGUCUCACGCCCUAGUCAUGAGCAGCUGGAAGCGGCCAAGAGGUUGGUCCGCUAUGUGAGCGCUACGGCAUCAGUGGGAUUGGAGUACAGUGGAGUGAGGCAGCGGUUGCAGAGAGAUUCUUGAACUUUGAUUGAACUCUUGAGAUU